AUGCCUGGCAACAAACCCAAGUUGGCCCAGCUGGCUACGCCUGUCACCAGCACCUUCCCCUCCGAGACCAUCUUCUCGGCCUCGACUCCUCUCUCCGCCAGACCCAUGUCUUGCAAAGAGCUCCCCAUCAAGACGCCUAUUAGCCCGCCCACCGCCUACACGGACUUCCUCAAGGUCAUGUCUCUCAACUCGCCUGCCGCCUUCAAGCCGUCAACCUCGGGCGAGACCACACCCGAAUCCACUGCCGAGUCUGCCCCGUCGACCGCCACCAGCGAGGAGACGGAUGUCUCGUGCAAGUGCGAGAACGAGCACAAGAGCCCGGCCACGGCUCCCGCCAUCCCUCCUAGCCCCUUCACCCAACUGCCAAUGUCAGCGCCUGCUACCGGCGCAAACUGCUUCCCGAGCCUCAAGAUCCCGCCCUCGCCAGCAGUAUCCUACCUGGACUCCCCCAUCAGCGCCAGCACUGUGCGCUCCCCUUUCAGUGCCAGAUCCGUCCACUCUGUAUUCGACUGGGACGCAGCCCUCAAGGCCAAGAGGUUAAACGAUGCCAAGAAGCCUUCGAGGACGAGCGUGAAGCACAUCCGCGAGGUUGUCACGCGGACAGUGACGUACACGCCGAGGAUGAACCCAGCGCCAAAGGGCAAGAGGAGGAAGGUGGAAUGA